CGUAUGUUUUUUUGGAAUUUAAGAGCUGUAAAACAUUUUAUUCUGAAUGCGUAUUUUUGCGUCCCUGAAUCAUUGAGCGGAAUACCUUACAGCAAUCUCUAACAACCUACGGAGACACAGGGCAGGGAUUACGAGCAUGGGUCCAUGAUGUGCUUGCACAGGACAUGGCUUUUGAACAUAUCAGAGUGAUCUACCCCACGGCACCUGCAAGGCCAUACACUCCAAUGCAUGGGGCUUUAUCUCAUGUGUGGUUUGACCGUUACAAAAUCUCUCGUAACUGCCCAGAGCAUUUGGAAUCUAUUGAAGAAAUGUGCAGUAAUCUAGGAGCCGUAGUCCAUGAUGAGAUCCGAGCUGGUGUACCUGAGCACAGGAUGGUUAUCGGUGGGUUCUCUAUGGGUGGAGCCAUGGCAUUACACCUGGCAUGCAGGUAUCACCAGGAUGUGGCUGGAGUCUUUUCACUGUCCAGCUUCCUCAACAGGGACUCAGUUGUAUAUCAGGUCGUUGAAGGUGCAGCUGGACAACCUCUGCCAGAGCUCCUCCAGUGUCAUGGGACAGCUGAUGAGCUAGUGUCUCAUGCCUGGGGAGAGGAGACCAGUUGUCUGCUGAAGAAAGCAGGCAUGACUGCCUCCUUCCACUCCUUCCCAGGCAUCAACCACCAGCUCUGCCGGCCAGAGAUAGAGCUAGUUCGCUCCUGGAUCCUGAAGAAACUCCCUUCUGGGAGCUGCAGGGGUGGCGGACUCUGAGCCCAGCAAACCACACUGUUUUCAAUGUGUAGCUACUAGAUUUAUAAUAAAUUAUUAUCUUUAUUAUAUCGUGUUCAAUUUGGUUUUCAGUCUAUAAAGUUUGUCUUGCCUCUUAAACUGUAGAAAGUACAUUGCACCUGCUAGUGCUAAUUUGUUUACUAUACAACACUGGCAGUUUUUGCAAAUGUGCUUGCAUAUAAGUGUGGGUUACUAUAGCUGUAAAACUUUUCUGUGGUGAUUCGGCUCUGCCCACAUGUGUUGGCUCCUCAAAAAAAUGCUCUUAUUGUGCACAUUUCACAGCUGGCAGCACUAACCACAUUAAAGCCCUGGCUGAAGCCAGCAUGGCCGUUCAGGGAUGUGGCUGUUUCGCCGAGCCUGCUUUGACUCAUUAUAGCUGUGGUCAGGAUUAGAGUGGCAGGUAGAGCUAUCGCACUGGAGAGCAGGAAUGCCGCUCAGCUCUGCGGUCUAGAGCUGGAUUCUGACCCAUUUGACACCCUUUCUGUUUCCUUCGUUCUCACUCGCAAGACCCCCCCCCCCCCCCCCCAUCUCCAUCCUCAACACCAUUACCAUUCUUUCUUUUAAAAUCUGCAGAACAUGGGCUAGGAGGUCAGGAUUGGUUGCUCGGUAGGCUCAAGUUGUAACACAGAUUGCUUCAUUAAUGGUUAUUGAGAGAAGUGGUAAGUUCACUGGGCUUUGCUUUAGGUUGCAUGGACAUUUUAAUGGGAUUAUGCAGUGGGGCUAGAGGCCAAGGUCAACACACCCACCCACUGCUUACGCAGCACCCCCAGAUACACUUAAAGGCCCAGAAAGACACUGGAAAUGCAUGUUUAAGUGAACAUGAGCAGGGCGAUCUGCUACAUCAGGGUUUGGUCUUGACAGGCAAGCAGUGUUUGGGGACAGUUUAUACCUUAAGCAGAGGUCGAAGGUCGUCAGAGGAGCACACUGGUUCAAGCCAAGUUGAUUCUCUAGCAUCAUGUAUUGGUAGUAGAGUACUAUAUAUCAUUAUUUACUGUAUUAGAAAGUUUCAGUUUUACAGAGGAGAUCAGAUGGUUGAGAAGGUUGAUGACUGUCACCCUCCAGAAUGUGACAUAUAAAGUCUGAUAUUUAUAGCUGGUAAUCAUAUAGCAGUUAGCUCUACUGAUUCCAGUGACUCAUAAGUUAAACAAUGGAAACAGUUAUGAAUUUUACUAUGCAUUUCAUAUUGGUGUACAUUUCUUAAUUCAAGUUGAUUAAAGUAUGAGCCAACAGCAGUGUGAGUAACAGUAAUUCCCAGUAAAGUAUUACCCAAAUUGUUUCUCAA